UAUACAAUGCUGUCAGGGCAGGUACCAUUCCAGUCUCAUGACAGAAGCUUAACGUGCACCAGUGCAGUAGAAAUCAUGAAGAAAAUUAAAAAGGGAGAUUUCUCUUUUGAAGGGGAAGCAUGGAAGAAUGUAUCCCAGGAGGCUAAAGAUCUGAUUCAAGGACUUCUUACAGUUGAUCCCAAUAAAAGGCUGAAAAUGUCUGGCUUGAGAUACAAUGAAUGGCUUCAGGAUGGCAGUCAGCUGUCCUCCAAUCCUCUGAUGACUCCAGACAUUCUGGGAUCUUCAGGAGCCGCUGUGCACACCUGUGUGAAAGCAACCUUUCAUGCCUUUAACAAAUACAAGAGAGAAGGGUUUUGCCUUCAGAAUGUGGACAAGGCCCCUUUGGCUAAGAGAAGGAAGAUGAAGAGGACAAGCACCAGCACAGAGACACGCAGCAGCUCCAGCGAGAGCUCCCGCUCAUCCUCUUCCCAUUCCCAUGGCAAAACAACACCCACCAAGACGCUGCAGCCCGGCAACCCUACAGACAGCAGUAACCCAGACACCCUCUUCCAGUUCUCGGACUGAGUGCUGUGGGAAUGGUAGGAUGUCUUGGCUGACCCUUGCACCUUAGUUCCCUCAGCAUGUGCCUGAGGUAUGUUCUGUGCUUUAAAAAGAUGUCUCCCAUUGUUCUCAUUGGAAUCUGCCUCUUAAUGAAUUUUCUUUUUCCGGGGAAACCUGUUUGGUUAUUCUUGUCCAAAAGCACUGGACAGACAGCAUUACUGUGAAUAGAGGAUAUGUUAUACUUGUUAGUGGACUAGCAUGACGCCAGCUCAAGUUUCUUCUCGAAACAGCAAAGGUUUCUGACAUUUUAGUGACUGGUUAGAUAAGUCACGGAAUUCACAUGUCUGCCAAGAAGACUUGACAACUUCUGCUGUGCCUGGUGGACAAGGUUUUUAAGAGACUUGCUCCCUUUGAGAGUGAUUUGCAAGAGAAAAAGGUCUGAUUUUUAAAAAGAUGCUAUAAUGAACUUUAUGUGUGGCUUGUUUCUUAAAAGAGAGUUUUAACUUAUUGUUUUUAUUUUAAUGGUCAUAUAUGCUGAUAACCUGCUAUUAUUCAUCUUUUUCUAAAAUGUUAAAAAAUAUUUAAGAACUUGAGGUCCUAUGUUCUGCACUUGGGGCCAUCUGAGCUGCAUGCUAAGCUAUGUUUGUUUUUAAUUUUGCACUGCUCUUUCUUGGCAGUUUGUUUUAAUGGUUAUUACAGGAAUUAAGGUACAUGUCUCUUGGUUUAUGUAACACAGCACUUUAUAAAGUAGUAUGAGUAUUGCAGUCUGUCUUAUAAGGUGCACUGUUUAAAGCAUAUGUACUGUAUUUUUGCCAUUCUUUUCAUUAUCUACUUUAAUUUGUCCUCACAUCCCUCUUCUGCUUUCUCUCAGCAAGUAGAAGGGGACAUGUUGUAUAAUGACUCAUUAGCCACUUAUGCACCAAUAUGAGGAAAAGUAAAGGGAAAUAAUACUCAACACUGUGCUUCAUAUCUGUACACUGUGUUGCACUACAGUGAGGCAUUUUCUCCUGUAGUCAUAUAUUAUGUACAUAAUAUUUUAGAACCAUACCUAUACUUGUUUUGAAAUGUUUCUGUUAAAUUUUAAAUCCAUAAGGCAUUUUAUAAACUUAUGCAGAGCACUUUUAUUGCUCAAAAGUUCUGAAUUGAUACAGACAACAAGUGCUAUGCCAUGAAGACAUUUCAUUGAAAGACUGCCGCAUUUUACAAUUAAUACAAACUGAUUAAUUCCCUAUGCAAAAAAAGAAAUUACAGGAUUUUUAUGUUUUUUUUUUCUUUAAAGCCAUUACAUGGAAUGUCAGGUCUGAGAAAAAUUAUCUUUGCUAUGUUUACAAGAAUCAUGUUUAAAAAGAUACUGCCCAACAUGUUUAUUUUACAGUUUUAUUAGUGAUGACUCUUCAGCAUUAGUUUGGAAUUUGGACCUAUUUAUUUCUUUCUUAAGGUGAUAACAGCAUUAAUUUCAACCAGUGAUAAGUACUAAAAAUACUGCAUUCUGUGUAAUGGUAGUAUAUUUAUUACUAAUUCAUUGUAUAUAUUAAUAGGAUAGCCAACAAAAAUGACAAAUAUUAAAAUAUUUUCAAAACAUUAUUAUUAUCCUGUUCACUUUUUGUUCACAGUAGUCUGGCCAAAUGGCUAGUCAAUAAAAAUUUUAUACUCCUAGCUUUCAGUAAUUUCUAGUAAUGAUAGGAAACUGUGAGUUAAUUAUAAGCUGUAGCUGCUUCACAAAAUGUGAUGUCCUUGGGCACAGAUUUUUAAUAAGAAUAUGUCCACUUAUUUUUACACCAGAUGUAUUUGGGUUGUAUUUGGAAAUGUUUAUAAGUCAGUUCUUGAAGUCAUUUGUAAAUAUGAGUCCUGGUAAAGUCCAAACUAAGGAGACUGUGCUGUCAGCAAAAAGUAAUUCAGAAAAGAGGCUCAGCCCUCCUCAUGAUUGAUUAGUUCAUGUGAACAUUGGAAAUUGAUGGGCUUUUCAUUUCUUCACCUUGUGUCUUCUGGAGGAUUUGAUAGUCACUGAAAUGGGCAAAAGUCAGGUAGAGUAAGAAGAAAAAGUAAGGCUCUCUGCAACUGUUGAGCCUCAUUGAAUCAUAUAGAAAAGACCUCAGGAAACUCACAGCCCAGGCCUUCGGUAAGAUGUUCCACCACCACCCAGUUUCUAAGAGCCUGAAAGACAGCACCUAAUGAUCCCUUGCUGAUUCUGUGUUAGCGGACAGCAAGUCAUCCUUUCAGAAUCAUAGAAGUUUCAUUUGGUCACAUGAAAAUUACACAAUACAAAUGCUACAUGCAAAACUAUUAAGUGAGGGUCUGGAGAGGUGACUAAGCGUUAAGAGCAGACACUGCUCUCAGAAGGAUGUAAAUUCCAUUCCUAGCAUCCAUGUCAGACAGCUUACUACAGCCUGAACCUCCAGCUCCAGGGCUUUCCAUGUCCUCUUCCAGUGCACAAAAUAUUAAUGAAGUGACUUGAUUUUUGGAGUAAAAUAGAAGCAGAUCAAAGAAAAAUAAAUACCCGCUUUAGGUUCCCUUUAUGACAAUAGUUUUGGGGUAGACCCAAACCAUGCCAAUCUUCUUUAUUGGUUAUGUUGUUUAUAAUUUAUACCACUGUAUAUCCGGAGUCACACAUUUUGUAAUUGCAUAUGUCUAAUAUAUUGAAAGGCAAUGAUAAUAAGAAAAGGGAUGUGAUAGGGGAACAGAACUAAAGUAGACCAGUUUUUUGUAGUUACGCUAGAUCCUGUUGCUGAAUGAACUAAUUUACCUAUCUUGAAAUCCAUCAGUUCUACCAAACCUCUAUAGAAACUAUUAAAUUAUUGGAGUGAAGUGAAUUUCUGCAUAAUUAUUUGUCUUGAAAAGUUGCAGGUUCAUUGUGCAUGAAAACUGCCUUUUUCUUUUGAGAUUACUUCUAAUUAAAUAAUUAUGCAAAUGGCUAUAUUUUAAAUGUAAGGUGAUUGUUUUAAAGAAUCUUACUAGGGUAACAGUGAGUGAUUUGUUCUUUUUUAAUAAAGGAAAUCCUUUAAAUAUAAACUCAAGGAUUUUAUAAAAGCAUAUAAUUUAUUGUCGACUUGUUCACUUUUCUUCUAUUUAUUUUUUUUUCCUUUUGGUUUUUGGAGGCAGGGUUUCUCUGUAUAGCUCUGGCUGUCCUUCAACUCUCUCUAUAGACCAGGCUGGCCUCAGACUCAGAGAUCUGCCUGUCUCUGCCUCCUGAGUUCUGGGAUUAAAGGUGUGCACCACCAGACCACUUUUCUUCUAUUUCAAACAUGUAUUUUUGUUAGAUUUACUAAGAACAAGCUGCUUUAAAAUGUUGGAGAUUUUUAAUUAUUCGCUCUUAUGCCUUAGAGCUCCUGGUAACUUUGAGUUGUUUCCCAGAGGCCAAUAAAAACAGCACAAUUGGGGUGCCUGUGUGGUAACACUUCUAAUACUCCUUGGUCUACUAAAUUAAAUUCUUGUUACUUAAAUUCUGUCAGAAAAAUUGUCUCAUAGAUGAAUUAUUAGAAUAAAAUACCUUCAAUUAA